GGAACACAUUUCCAAAGUCAAAAAGGACAUGGUAACCUCAAUAUUUCAAAUACCAGAAAUAUUUCAGACUAAAGAGAGCCAAUAUGAUUGUGCUGAUAUAAAGAUGGAAACAGAUAUAAUUUGUGAAUCUCUUGCGGAUGUAAGAAGGAAGCAACGAGAAAAAGAAUGUAUAAGAAGAUUAAAACAGGAGAGUUUGUAUGAAGGUGUUUUUGAUAAUAAUAUAACUGACUCUACUCCUGAAAACUUUUUAAAUGAUACAGAACAACGCACAGAUCUCAAUGAUCUUUCUUCAACUGAUGAUGAUAUUAAAAACGAGAUUCUCACACAAGAUCCACAAAUUCCAUUCCAAUAUGCUCCUACAAACAAAUAUGAAUCCAAUGAGGUAAACCUAACUAAAUCUUUGAGUAGUAAUAAGAAUAACUUAGACGAUAGCACUUUGGAUUCAAAACCUAAUCUCUGCUGUGUUACAAAAUCACAUAAUUCAAAUAAUCAAAAACAGUCAGUGGCAUCAAUUAUAGAAGAGUCUCAAAAUAAAAUUAAUGAGAUAUUAGAAGACUUUAGAUCUGAAAAUAAUAUUAAAGAUCCAACUACAGCAAAAAAAGAAGAUAGCGUGCAAGAUUCUGAUGAAGAAUUAAAAAAGAAUGGUAAAGUGGAGAAUUCUUAUGAUAAUGUCUUUGAACAAAAUUUGGAUGUGAAAUCCUCUAAUAACACUCAAGAAAGUACAAGUCCUAUAAUAACCACAGAUAUAAGUUUUGAAAAUUGUAACAUGGAAACGACACCGAAACUAGAGAUGGAAUCGAUUGAAAAUGAUCAAAAUAAUAUGGUGAAUAGUACCUCAGAGAGCAGUCAACGCAGUGCCGAAAAACUUCCCAGUAGUGCAAGUCUAAGAUGUUGGAAUAAAAAACUUAGUUCAAAUCUUGAUGUUGCCAAGCGAAUUUCGACUAAUGACGUAAAAGAGUCACAAGAAAAAAAGGAAGUGUUGGGUCGCAAAAAAUCUAAGGAUAUGAGCGAACAUUCGAGUAACUCAAGUACGAAACAAUGUUGUAGACACCGACACACACCGUGUACAGACAGCACUGUGGAAAAAAAUGUUAAUAAAGAUCCUUCAAACACAUCAAAUCCAAUUCUUCAGAGAAACACUUCGAAGUCUAGUUGGAAAUCCCUAAUUUCUUGGAGUGGAAAACAAAGGGUUCGGUGCUGUAAACGCAGAAAAGAAGAUCUUGGUGUAAUGGGGAGUAGUCAAAAUGAAAACCCAAAGGGAUGUUUUGGAGAUGAGGUCAUUGAUAAAGAUAAUGAAACGACUAGCGAUUUUGAAGCAAUGGGCCUCAAAAAUUUAUCUUCGGAAGUUUCGAGAACGACCAACGAUCACGCAAUGGUAAGUUCGGCGGUGACGGACAACACCGACGAUGAGGGGAACAACACAGAUAAACUAGAUUCUAUUUGCGAUCAACAUUACAGAUUUUAUUACUAGUUAUGCAUUUCCAUAACUUCAAACAAAUCAUUUAUGUAUCUGUUGUAUUUUUGUAUUGCAAAAAUGUUAUGAGCUGCUUUCUAUAAUAUUCGUGGUUUAAUGAUGCUUUAGAUUGUUCCUUUUGACACAGUCACAUCUAUGUCAGGAUACUCCAAAUUUUCUUUAUGAAA